AUGCAUCUAAAACAGCCCCAUCUGUCGUGGCCAAAGCGCGGCAAGAAAAAUCGUGUUAGCAAAGGUCUCUCAGAGGCUCUCGGUGGUACAUUAGGAGCCCUCGGUCUUGAAAGACGGGACGACGAUACAGAUUCCCAGAUCAGCCGCACAUCUUCACGCGAUCCAUCGCCACCUCCCAUCGUGCUGCAUCCAGCCGAGCCAAAGACAACACAAAAGGUCGAACAAGUCAAAAAACCAGACGACAUGUCGAUUCUCAGUGCCCUCCGCAAGUCCAAGUCGGAGCACCAUGACCAACAUCACAACCCCCCAGCGAGGCCAGCAACGCUGCCCGUAGUGGGCGCAGUGACUCUGCCCGUCCCCCAGGUCGCCCGGAAAAGCCGCAGGCUCUCCGACGCAUCGAGCAUCACAGACUCAUCCACACUCAACCAAGAGCCUGUCACAAAGGAGCAACCCAAGAGCGGCUUCCUCAGCAAGACCAAGGAUGCUAUCAUGGGCCGCUCGCGGUCUCCCAGCCCAUCUGGCCACAAGAGCAGCAAUGGCGUUAGUGACGCAGUGCGGACCUUCCGCAGCCAGUUCGAUGAGGAGCUGAAGGGUACCAAGGAGGCUGCUCUCAUCGCUGGCAUCAGCCACGAGAGCUUCCUGGGCUUCAUUGCCGACGAACGCCUGAGGCUCAUGCCCGCCAAGGGCAGCCGUUGGGACAAGUUGCUCAAGUGGGCCGAAGAUUUUGCCACAAAGAUUGCCAUCUUUGAUCACAGCUACCGCGAUGAGAUUGACGGCUGCAGCCAGGCAGCCGAGCUUAUCUUCGCGUGCCUGCAGGCUCUUCUCCUGCUUGGCCCCAAGCAGGGUGAGGCACUGGAACGUGCCUUUUCCGUGUGCCACGAGUACGGCCUCACCUUCCAAUUCUACAGCCGCAACACCAAGGUCCUCGACUCCAUCCCCGAGGCAAUCCGACAGCUGGGCCUGGCCCUGACCGACAUGGUCGGCUUCGCCGUCGAGGUGGCGGUCUUCUACCGCAAGAGCGCGCGUGCUAUGCGCACCACGAGCGUGACGGUGGAUUUCAACGUGACCUUUGGCUCGCGCAUGGCAUCCUUCUCCAGCCGCAAGGACCGCAUUGCCGAGCUAAUGUGGUCGUGGCAGCUGCAAAAGUCUGCCGAGACAUCGGACGUGCAUGUGUCGAUCGAGACCCUGCGCCAGUGGCUCCUGCCGCAGGAUCAUUCCCUGCAGCAGCGUGCUCUGGUCCGUGCACCUGGCGCCGUCCGGGCCGAAUUCACCUGUGAGUGGUUCGACCGGCCGUUGACCGACUUCUCCCGUAGCCGGGACAAGGUGCUCGUCGUGUCGGCUGCCGCCGGCGCCGGUAAGAGCUACCUCUAUGGCUGGAUCCUUGAACGCCUCCAGCGUCGUGUCGGUCUCAAGGAGUGGUCGUCUGUCCACGCCUCCAUCGACACCCAAACGCGGGCCCAGUCCACUCAGACGGCCCUGGUUAAGACGCUGCUGCUGCAGCUUCUUGAGCAGAACGUCGGCAAUAUCGAACUGUUCCGUGCUUUGGCCAACGUCACCGAGCUGAGUGCCAACACUGCCAGCACUCAGGAUGCCGACGAUGCCCUCUGGUACACCCUUGAUACCGCUCUCAAGGGCCUCCGCAAUGUCAUGCUUGUCAUUGACGGUCUUGACGCUGUCGACGGCGGCGAGGAGGAGGUGCGCGACGCCUUUGAGCACCUGCACUCCAUUGCCACCAAGCACGCUCAGGUCAAGGUUAUCAUCCUCAGCCGCCCCCUUCCCCAGGGCUGGCCCAAGAAGGUCCGUUCCGCGGCCAUUGACACAGCCCACUCCACCAUUGAUGUCAAGCACAUGUUCCGAUCCUACCUCCUGUCCCGCGGCAUUGCGACCAAGUCCGAGGCCGACAAGGUCGCCCAGGAGCUUGCUGAGCGCAGCAAGGGCUCGCUCGCUUGGGCCGAUCUGGCUGUACAGCUCUUCGCCAAGGCCACCACCUUGGCCGAGGUCCAGACCGCCACCAAGGCUCUUCCCAGCACCCUCAAGGACGUGAUCAACGCCCAGGUCAGCACCAUUGAUGUCACGAGCAAUGCCCGCUACUUCCUCAGCUGGCUGCUGGUCACUGAACGGCCCUUGGCCGUCUCCGAGAUGCAGGCCCUCCUGGAGCUCAACUUGAAAAAGGCCUCCCGCGAGCCCCUCUCCAUCAACAUUGUUGAUGAGAUCCAGAAGACCUGCGGCUCCCUCGUUGUCAUUCAGGACAAGACGGUGCGCUUCCGCAAUGAAUCCAUCCGUCUGCACCUGCUGGAAUUGAGCAAGAGCAAGGACCAGAAGUUGCUCUUGCCCGCCGCUGAGGCCCACAAGGACUUCGGUGCCAGGCUCAUCCUCUACAUCAAGACUUCCGUUGCUCGCAACACUGAGCCUAGCAUGGGUGAGAUCAGCAACGGCGAGGCUGAGACUCUUUUCCGCUCCCACUCUCUACUCGAGUAUGCCGCCCGCAACUGGCUGGGACACUUCCAGCGCUCUGCUUACAUGCUUGACGGCAAGUUCCAGGCCUCGUUCGCCGGCGAGCUCAAGUCUAUCUUCCCAACAUCCACUCUCCUGGCCAAUCUCGAGCGUCGCUGCUGGGAGAAGUCCGCCCUCAUCACCAAGGCCAAUGAAAUGCAUCUCGCUGCCUUGGACAUUCGCAGACAGGUUGUCGGCGACUCGGCACCAUCCGUCCUUCAGGGAUGCAUCAACGUGGCCAUGUCUUUCAAGAAACUGUCUGCUGAUGCUGACGCUAGCAAGUACUUCUUCCAGGCUGCCAAGGUUGGACAGUCAAUUCUCGGCCGCUCCAACGACCUUGCUGUUGCUUGCGCCACUGCCUCCCUUGACUGUGCCAGCAAGGUUGCCGGCAAGCUGACGGCUCGUGAUGAGUCUGUCAACCAGCGCGAGGAGAUGCUCAAGUUCCUUCUCGAGACCGAGAAGGAACGCUACGGUGCCAACAGCCGACUUGCUAGCAAGUACAGCAACCAGCUUGCCGAGAUGUACAGCGACAUCAAGGAGAAUGAGAAGGCCGAGGCCAUCUACCGUGAUGUCUACAAGACCUCGGUUGCCCAGAACGGCGAGUUCUCUCAGGAGGCCUCUGCCGCUGCUGAGAAGCUGCAGGCCGUCCUGUACAAGGAAGCCAAACACGAGGACGUCGUCCAGUACACCGCUCCCAUCUUUGAGUCUGCCCAGCGCAACCUGGACAUCUUCGACAUUCGUCGUGUCGAGAUCACCAUGCGCAUGGCUGAAACUUACGAGAAUAAGAAGGAUGUCUCUCACUCCGAGGAGCUGUACAUCUCUCUCUGGCGCGGCCUGACCGAGUACUGCCGUAAGACUGCAGCCAACUCGUCUGCCUCUGCCGCUCAGAUCAACGAGGCCCACGAGCGCAAGAUCCAGAUCAGCAUCGCCUACGCACGCUUCCUCCGUCGCCAGGGUCGCGAUGCCGAGGCUCAGAAUAUUCUCCACGGCAUCUGGCUCGACUACCAGCACCGUGAGCAGAAGUCCAGCGCUAUCGUCAAGCAGCUGAACGUUGUUGGUGAGGAACUCAAGUCCAUGGGCAUCCUGGACACCGCCAUUGCUGUCUUCAAGUCCGUCUGGGGCUACUUCAAGGGCACUGGUGAGCAGACCUCGACUGCCGCCGUUGGCACUGCUGUUGCACUCAUGGGCGCAGUUCAGGAGAAGGCUGAGAAGAAGGCUGAGCUGAAGGCUGCCGCCAAGGUUGAGGGAUCAACUGCUGAUGCUGAUGAGAGUGACGACGAGGAUGACGAUGAUGAGGCCGAUAAGAUUCUUGACGAAGUUGCCGAGGCCGCUGUCACCGCCCCGGCUGCUCCUGCUGCUCCUGCUGCCAAGGGUCCUACCUACGCUGCUGUCGCUGCCAAGGUCACCAUUGAGGGCUCGAUCCAGACCUGCGAAACUCUCUCUCAGUUCUACAUCUCUAAGGGACGUUACACUGAGGCUAUCAACGUGUGCGUCAAGCUACUGAAGGAGAUUUGGCCCGACAUGGCCGUUGCUGGCAAGUGGGGUUUCCCCAAGGCCCACCGCGCUGCCGUCAUUACCUUCUCGCGUCGUCUGGCAUGGUGCUACGCCAAGGCCAACCAGACUGAGCAGGCCGAGAAGAUCUACAACGCCAUCUUCCAGUCUUCCCUCCGCUCUGGCUUCCGCGUCCAGGAGGCCAUCGUCACCGAGUCCAGCAACCAGCUCAUUGAGUUCCACAAGCGUACUCAACAGUACAGCAAGGCCCUGUCCGUUUACCAGCAACUGCUGGAGAACUACCGCACCUCCCUCGGUGCACGCAACGCUCUCACUGUCCAGCUCUUCUACACCAUGGGUGACCUCUGCACUCAGUACAAGCUGCGCGGUGCUGAGACUUACUACCUAGAGGUUUUCAAGGCUGAGAAGGGAACCGAUGGUGUGCUGAGCCAGUCCUCGAUGCGUGCUGCACUCGCGCUCCAGAAGGUCUACUACGAGCAGAAGCGCUGGGAGCAGACACGUGAGAUUUACGCUAGCAUCUGGGCUACCUUCACCGCCAAGGCCAAGGAGUACAACAUGUCCACUGAGAUGGUCCAGUCUAUCUACAAGCGCUACACCACUGUUCUCGAGACUCACCUGAAGGUCGAUUUGGAGACCCUCCGCACCAUCUCGCUGCAGUACCGCGACACGUGCUCCAAGGUCUAUGGAGCCAAUGCGCAGAUCACCAGCUCCGCCAGCCUCGCCCUUGCCGACGUGUGCCGCAAGAGCACCAAGGCCGAGCACCAGGCCGAGGCCAUCAAGAUUUGCGAGGAGGUCGUUGCCCAAGCCGACAAGGCUCCCGCUGACGGUAAGACCAAGACCAAGAGUGCCUGGGAGCUGUCCCUUCUGGCCAGCGCCAAGCGCAACCUCGCAGCCCUGUACGCCAGCCAGACCCAGGCAUCUACCGACAAGGCCGCUGGUGCCGAGACCAACGAGAAGGCUGUUACCCUGUGGAAGGAGCAGCUGGAGAUCAACAAGAAGCAAUACGGUAUCUCGGGCAAGGCUACCCUUGCCAGUCUCUCUUCCCUCGUGGGCAUGUGGGCGCGUUCGGGCAAGCCCGAGCUGCGCACUCAGGCACAGCAGCAGCUCCGUGGCACCGUAGUUGAGGUCCUGGGCGAGUCCUGCGGCGCUGGUGCUUCCACUGACUCGACCAAGCUCCACGGCUCUGCCGUGUCCCUGGCCAACACCUACCUCUCGUGCAACAUGUCUAUCGAGGCCUGGGUGCUGCUGAGACAGCUGCGUUUCCAGAUCAUCGGAUGGGGCAAGAUUUCUGGAGAGGCUGCCAAGGAUUCCUCCAUCAAGCUGCCUGAGGGUGUCGACCGCCGCUCCCUGGUCUUCAUUGCCGCUUUCGAGGAGACGCUCCGCGCACAGCAGGAGGCCAACAAGGUUGUCAAGACCAGCUUCUCGGACAUUAUGACUGACAUGCUGACCGAGGGCAUCCUCUACGACCGCUACAACCUGUCUGUCUCCACGGCCGAUAUUUCGGUUGAGCAGAAGCUGUUUGACGGUGCCCGCCUGUACGCUUUCCUCAAGACCACCGAUGCCGAGCAGCACGCUGAGCAGCUGCGCGUCAUUGAGGAUGCUCUGUUCAAGCUCUUCUUCGACCAGUAUGGUGGCUCGAUCAAGUCGCAGCUCACCGUCACGCGCACCUUUUUCGCCGCUCUUCUCAUCGAGCUCGGUCAGCUGCGCCACCACGAGGACCUCGUUCUGGUGGCUUGCUGGGCUAUUACUGCCAAGGCCCGCAUGCUUCUCGAGGCCGGCGAUGCCGCAGGAGCUUUCGACAUCUCCAAAGUUUUGUACCAGUUCCUUUCGGCACAGAAGGCCUUUGCCAACCCCCAGGUCAUCCCGUACGCCUUCAAGCUAUCUCUGUACCUCGCCGGUCUUGGUGUCAAGGGCUCCAACCCCGAGGCUACUCUACACACGCAGAUGCUCGAGCUUUCGACAACUGUGCUCCGCGAGACCCUUUCAGCCUGCCGCACCAGCAACAUCAACCUCGUGUCGCUCCAGCCUACCGAAUUGGACAACCUGGUGCGCCUUAUGGGGGAGCAGCGCAACUAUGCGGACCUCGAGUGGCUGUUGGAGCAGCUCUGGCUCAGCCGUGUGGUCCAGAAGUCCUGGGACGCACUCACCGUGGUUGGUGUCGGCCGUCGCCUAGUACAGGUGUACUCGGUGCGCGGCAAGCACGAGCAGGCUGUCCACCUGGCCGAGAGCAUCGUGUACAACUUGCGCCGCACUUGGGGCCCUUUGGACUCGACUACUGUGGCAAUGGCAAACAUGCUGGCCGAACUGCUGGCCAGCGACUCUCAGUACGCCGAGGCCAUGGAUGUGCAUGGAGAGGUUCUGCAGGCACUGUUGGAGCGCAACGCAGAGGCCGAGGAGAGCGAAGACGACAGCAUUCAGCCCUUUGCCUCAUCCAUGUCCCUCAUGACAGCCGCGCUUGGCAAGCAGCGCAAGCAGGAGAAGAUCACCGAUGGCCGUGCCGCCCAGCUUGCUUUGGAGCAACUGCGCUGCGUCCAGAACGUGUACGCACGCAACGGUGGUUGGGCCGAGGGCGAGUGGGAGACCAACGGCGAGGAGCUGGUCCGCUACGUCGUGGACGAGUUUGGCUCCGUCGCACCGGCCGCAUUCAAGACCUUCCCAUCCGAGGUCGGCGCCUGGAACAAGACCGCUCCUCCGGAGGAGAAGCCUGUAGCUCCCGCCAGCUGGGGCUUGCAGUGGUCGUCUUAA